GCAUGACUGGCUCAUUUGAAUCUGGUGAGGGAGGUGGAGAAGACCUCUGGCUGCUUUAGAGCCAGAGCUGAUAUUAUAUCUCAGCAUCCGAGAAACACAUCCGCUAAUCGCACUUCACUGGGAUCGUGUUUGCUGAAUAUCCCAAUGAUAAAAGAAGGGAAACGAUUCUGGCUUUGAGAAGGACGGAGACAUACCGGGAGGUUCUCGAGUGGAAGUUCGGAACAAGAGAAAAGGAGAAAGAAAGAAUAGUGUUAUUUUCCUCCCAUACAGAUCAGCCCAUUUAAAACCAUCAAUAAUGACUAGAAGAUCGUGUGCCAUUUACGCCACCGGGAUCGUGUGCGCUCAUUUGCUCAUUUUGGGGAUCGCCCUUCUGGUGGCUCAAGUCUUCCAAACAAUGAUUCAGGAGCGGUUAAAAAAGGAGAUCACACUGGGCAAAAACAGCAGAGUAUUGGAGGGCUGGAUAAAUCCACCGCCUCCUGUAUACAUGCAGUAUUUCUUCUUCAAUGUUACCAAUACAGAGGAGUUCUUGGCUGGAAAGGAAAAACCCAAAGUCACUCAAAUAGGGCCAUAUACCUACAGGGAAUAUCGACCAAGGGAAAAUGUCACUUUCCUUGAGAAUGGGACGAAAAUCUUUGCCACAAAUCCCAAGAGCUUUGUGUUUCUUCGCAACAUGUCAGUGGGAGAUCCUGAGGUUGACCGUGUGACAACCGUUAACAUUCCAUUCAUUGCCGUGAUGAACGAGUUGAACUCCUACUCCUUCUUUCUGAGGACUGCUGUGUCUAUGUGGAUGGGAUCCAUGGGCAUCGGCGUGUUUAUGGAUCGCACAGUCCAUGAGGUCCUGUGGGGUUUCAAAGACCCGCUGCUGUCCAAACUCCACGCCAUGAGACCAGAAGUGGAUGAGCAUUUUGGCCUUAUGUACAAUAAAAAUGGAACCCAUGAGGGUGAAUUUGUCUUCCACACCGGAGAGAAGAACUAUAUGGACUACGGCAAGAUUGACACGUGGAACGGCAUCAGUCAGAUGAACUGGUGGUCAUCUAACCAGAGCAACAUGAUCAAUGGGACCGAUGGCAGUGUCUUCCACACCUUCCUUUCCAGGAAAGAACUCCUGUACAUCUUUGCUGCUGAUCUGUGCCGAUCCAUUCAUUUGGGUUACGUGAGAGACACAGAGGUGAAGGGUAUCCCUGCGUUCCGCUUCGCCCCUCCUUCGGAUGUACUGGCUCCCCCAGACGAGAACCCCAAUAAUGCUGGCUUCUGCGUGCCUGCUGGAGACUGUCUUGGAAAAGGAGUCCUCAAAGUCAGCGUCUGUCGGCAAGGUGCACCCAUUGUUGUAUCAUUCCCUCAUUUCUACCAAGCCGAUGAGAGGUACAUCAAUGCCAUUGAAGGAAUGAACCCAAAUGAAGAGGAACACGAAACAUACCUCGACAUCAACCCGACCACAGGGGUCCCCAUUCGUGCCUGUAAGAGAGCUCAGCUCAAUGUCAUACUGAAGAGAGUCAGUGGCUUCGUCAAAACAAAAUUCCUGAAUGAGACAAUUUUCCCCAUUAUGUAUGUCAACGAGACUGCAACUAUCGACGAUGAUUCCGCAACCCAGAUGAGGACGCUUCUGUUGAUUGUAACGGUGGUGUCCAACUUCCCAGUCAUUAUUGUAGGGAUGGGGGUCAUUUUACUUAUGGUCCUGAUCUUCCUCAUCUGCAGGAACCGCCAGAGAAAGAAUGAAGUAAAACGUAUUGAUUUUACUGAAGCUUUUCAUUCUUUUGCUACGACGAAAGACGAAACGGCUUACACUCAAGUGAGCAACCAAGCGGAGGAUUCGCCAGAGAACCGCAACAAUCAGCCUAUGAGGAACGGAUCUUAUAUUGCCAUGUCACCAGUGGAGGCACAAAAGUGUUGAUGAAGGACAUGACGUCUACCAGUAGUGCAUCCUCACCCUUUUUUUAUGUUUUCACUGUGCGAUUCGUCUUCGUGGGCCAGUCCCCGCACGCUCACCACCGUAUGCCGAGGGUCACUUAUUUUGACUCGUGACUUUUUUCUUUCUUUGAGCAUGGCCUUCUCAAACUGCCAUAUCUUCAAACAAAACCUAUGUAAAUUCAAAAGAUCCAAUUCAAUUUUGAACAACCGUUUCUGGGCUUCCAGAGGCUCCUGUUGCCUAGUCCUGAGAGGCCUGAAACACUCUUUUGCCUUUUAAAAACACAUAUGCAUUGCAUGCUGACAGAGUCCAUAGUUCCUGAAGGCAUGAGAAAGCGUGAGGGGUUUCACCCAUCCAGAACACUCAUGUCCAGGACGGCCUGUGCUCUUAAAGUGUUUCAGAUCUCUUCCCACACUACUGUAUUCAGGUCUACACAGGCAGACCUUCAACUAACACAGCUCUUCAUAUGUCAAACCCUUUGAUGAUAAUGAGCAGAUAAAUGCAAACUAUUGAUUUACCUCCUCUAAGAGUCUUAGAGAGCUAAAAAGGUCUAAUAUGCUAACAAAAUCUGGGUCUUAUCCAGAACUUAUGUGUGUGUGUGUGUGUGUGUGUGUGUGUGUGUGUGUGUGUGUGUGUGUGUGUGUGUGUGUGUGUGUGUGUGUGUGUGUGUGUGUGUGUGUGUGUGUGAUUCUACAUACCAGUAUGUGUGUGUAAUUAUGUGUGUGUGUGUCUGCAGGCAUGUCAAUGCUUGCAUGUUUUUGUCACACUGUAGUGAACUGCUCUGGUGGAUCACCGUCCACCUUUUUGCACGAUGCAGUGUGACGACAAGUGGAAACUAGUGAUUUGAGCGGUCCUCUCUAUUUCACAGUAUCAGAGUCAGAAAUAUUUCAGUGAUGACGGCUGUUAAAAAGAGGUCAGACAUUCUCCUUUAAGGCAUCGUAUUACAGAAGUCGUACUAGCUUUUAGCAUUUUGUAAGAAAACGGAACAACAGACGUAGAACACUCACAAGCGAGACUUGAAUAUUUUCUGCCUUACAAAUACUUACGAACACAAUGUGAUUCUUCUGCGUGGUAAUGGCAGGUACACGGUGGAACUAGGCGAAACGUCAGACAAACUUCUGUGAAUCAGCGUCG